ACCCUAAUCAGUAUCCUAUCAACAACGCACUCACACUCUAUUCUGAAAUCUUCUUCUUCCUCAUCUGCGCCGAAACCCUAACUCGAGGUACCCUUCUCGUUUUUCAACAACGCACUCACUCUAUUCUGAAAUCUUCUUCUUCCUCAUCUGCGCCGAAACCCUAACUCGAGAUCAGAUACUUUAGCUUCAAAAAUCACUUCAUUGGAAGCAGCCACCAUGUCACGGAAGGGUUUGAUGGAACAAGACCUGAGUAAGUUGGAUGUGUCAAAAUUGCAUCCACUUUCGCCUGAAGUCAUAUCUCGGCAAGCUACUAUUAAUAUUGGCACCAUAGGCCAUGUGGCCCAUGGAAAGUCAACCGUUGUGAAAGCAAUAUCAGGUGUUCAGACCGUGCGUUUUAAAAGUGAGUUGGAACGCAACAUUACAAUAAAGCUUGGCUAUGCAAAUGCAAAAAUAUAUAAAUGUGAAGAUGCACGGUGUCCGAGGCCUAUGAGCUACAAGGCUUAUGGAAGUGGGAAGGAAGAUGCUCCUAUGUGUGAAGUACCAGGGUUUGAAAACUGCAGGAUGAAAUUGUUGAGACAUGUUUCUUUUGUCGAUUGCCCGGGACAUGAUAUUCUCAUGGCUACAAUGCUUAAUGGAGCAGCAAUCAUGGAUGGAGCUCUGCUACUCAUUGCUGCUAAUGAAAGCUGCCCUCAACCUCAAACUUCUGAGCAUUUAGCUGCGGUUGAAAUUAUGCGUCUGCAGCACAUUAUAAUCCUUCAGAACAAGGUAGACCUAAUCCCAGAAAACGUGGCAAUCAAUCAGCAUGAAGAUAUUCAGAAGUUCAUUGCAGGAACUGUUGCUGUUACGGCACCUGUGGUACCUAUUUCAGCACAAUUGAAGUAUAACAUUGAUGUUGUGUGUGAAUAUAUUGUGAAAAAGAUCCCAAUCCCCGAAAGGAACUUCAUUUCUCCACCAAAUAUGAUAUUAAUUCGAUCAUUUGAUGUCAAUAAACCUGGUUAUGAGGUUGAUGAAAUAAAAGGAGGUGUAGCUGGUGGAAGCAUUCUGAGGGGUGUUUUAAAGGUCAACCAAUUCAUUGAAGUUCGACCUGGGUUAAUUGGUAAAGAUGUGAAUGGAAACAUUCAAUGCACACCCAUAUACUCCAGGAUAGUUUCAUUGUACGCUGAACAAAAUGAGCUUCAAUUUGCUGUGCCUGGAGGCCUUAUUGGUGUUGGGACCACGAUGGAUCCUACUUUGACGCGUGGUGACCAGUUGGUAGGGCAUAUUCUUGGAGAGGUUGGAUCACUGCCUGAGGUUUUUGUUGAACUUGAGGUUAACUUUUUCUUGCUUCGGCGGCUUCUUGGUGUCCGAACAAAAGGCUCAGAGAGACAGGAAAAGGUAGCUAAGCUGACCAAAGGAGAGCCGCUACUGUUGAACAUUGGAUCAAUGUCAGCAGGUGGCAAAGUAAUUGCUGUGAAGAAUGACCUUGCUAAAUUGCAACUCACUACCCCUGUGUGUACUAGCAAGGGUGAGAAGAUCGCACUUAGUCGACGUGUCAAGAAGCUUUGGCGUCUUAUCGGGUGGGGUCAAAUUCAAGCCGGAAUCACUCUUGAUGUCCCUCCUGCCCCUGCACUGUGUUGAAAUACAAACACCAGUUAUAGAAACGUGAGAUGAAUUUAGGUAUAUGGGAAGGGAGACAAUUAUUUAACUUUCAUAAACAAGUUUGUUUAUGUUGUGUUGUGAGACACCUGUUGUGUUGUUAGAGAAGAGAGCUGAUAAAUUAUUUUGAACAUUUAGAAGUAAUUUAGUUAUUGUGAACAAAUGAGGAUGGUGAAGUGGGGGAAUGGAAGCCGUAGUUUUGCCCCUCACUUGUUGGACUAAGCAUUAAAAAAACAUUGAAUUUUAUUUUAAUUUUAUCAAUAUUUCAAAAGCUUAAUUGUA